AUGGGAAAGAGGAAGUCGCGGGCUAAGCCCGUAAAGCGCAUGGAACAGAAGGUGCCCACUACGUUCGACUGCCCCUUCUGCAACCACGAAAAGGCUGUGGACUGCAAGAUCGAUAAAGACACCUCGAUCGGAUCGAUACGGUGUAGGGUGUGCAACGAAAGCUAUCAAAUGAUUACCAACUAUCUGUCGGAACCGAUUGAUGUAUAUAGCGAGUGGAUUGAUCAGUGCGAAGCGGCCAACCAGUGA